GCUAAGCUUUACGAAGCAAUGGGAAUGCAAAGAUGGCUACCCUGCAAGAGAUCUGAUUCCGAACCCAUGUCCAAAUCCAGACACGAUCAUGUGGAUGGUGGUUACACUAUCCCUGGUGAACCAGCUGUCGUCGAUGAAAACUAUAUUUCCUGGAAGAAAGAACACCCUUCUGCUAUAAGCUCAUUCCAACGGAUGAUCAAUGCAUCAAAGGGAAAACAAAUAGCCGUGUUUUUGGAUUAUGAUGGCACGUUAUCACCCAUCGUGUGCGAUCCUGAUCGCGCCUUCAUGUCUGAUCAGAUGCGUGCAGCAGUGCGGGAUGUAUCUAAGCACUUUCCUACAGCUAUCAUUAGCGGCAGGAGUCGUGAAAAGGUUUAUAGUUUUGUGAAGUUAAAUGAAGUGUACUAUUCAGGGAGUCAUGGGAUGGAUACCAUGGGACCAACUCAAGAAAAUAAGUCCUACGAUGACAAGUAUCAUUACAAAACCAUUGAUGAAGAGGGAAAUGAAUUCAUCGUCUUCCAACCAGCUAAAGACUUUCUACCUGCAAUUCAAAAGAUGUUGAGUGAGAUGAGGGAGAGAACGGAAGACAUACCAGGGGUGGUGAUCGAGGAUAAUAGGUUUUGCCUUUCUGUUCAUUAUCGUCAUGUUAAGGAUGAGGAGGAUUAUGAGAGACUUGAAGAAGAAGUGGAGGCGAUGCUUGUUAGUUAUCCAGAAUUCCACAUGACGCGGGGCAAAAAGGUGUUGGAAAUUCGGCCUUCCAUAGAAUGGAACAAAGGUCAUGCCCUUGAGUACUUACUCGAUAACUUAGGCUUUAAUGAUAAUUCCAAAAACAUCCUGCCUAUAUAUAUCGGAGAUGAUAGAACCGAUGAGGAUGCUUUUAAGGUUCUACGAGAAAGAGGAGAAGGAUACCCGAUACUAGUUUCAUCCAAACCAAGAGAUACAAUGGCUUUCCACUCCCUCCACGACCCAUCCGAAGUACUAUCUUUCUUGAUUCGCUUAGGUAGAUGGGGUUUUGACAACCAUCAUCACAUCCAAGACUAGCCUUGGCUUCAAUUCUGGUUAAUUAAUUGCAUAUAUACAUAUAUAUAUAUA